AUGGAGGUUUGGUACUUCAAGCCUGCCACUGGGAAGAAGACGUGUGCUUCCGGACUUGGCGACCUCUGGCUGAGAGUUUUCUGGCACGAGGCCUUGCUUCAUCAGCGGCGCGAUUUGUCGCUCCCUUGGCCCCAGCGGCUUCCGAUUGCCUUGGACGUGGCGAAGGCUUGGCGACCUGAGCGGUGGGGCUGGACGAGUGCGUUGGUCAUCUUGCUUCUUGUGGCUGCCAAGCUGCCAGGGGAUGAACUUCCUCCAUCGGCGGCAGGCCCGGUCGUCCACAGAGACCUGAAAUCGCUGAACUUGCUCCUGGCCUGCCCAAUCCGUGGAUCCGAUGAUGUUCCCGCCGUGAAGGUGUCCGACUUUGGCCUGUCGCGGGCCUUCCGCCCCGAUGCGGCGCAGGCAAUAGGCCAUGAUGACCAAUGGUGCUGGAACCUACCACUGGAUGGCUCCAGAGGUGCAGACAUGCGGGAGUGGAUAUGGAACAAGUCCCAUGUGGACGUCUACUCAUAUGGCAUUUGCCUUUUCGAGCUCAUCACCCGGCGCAUCCCGUACGAGGGCUCAGGUUUGGAGCCGGUAUCCAUCGCAGUGGCCGUCAGCAGAGGCAAGCGGCCGGAUGUGGCGUUCAUCCCCGAGGACACCCCGGCAGACCUGCGCUUCACAAUGAAAUGCUGCUGGGCACACCGUUCCAGCGGACGUCCAGGUUUCGAUACGAUCCUGGACAGCGACUCAGAGGGUGGCAUCAAGAAAUUCACGCAAAGCAUUGGCUUGAAAAUGCUUCCCGCAUUCGCGGAGCUGCUUGACAGCUCGUGGUCCGCUUUCCGGCAACAGCUUCUGGAGGCCUAUCCGGACACAACGGCCGGCCGGCAGACGCCUUCCGAGGUCCUUGAGGUCCGCUUCGAUGUUGAAGAACGGAGCACGCCAGCGGAGGUAGACACCCAGGCAAACAGCGGGAGCCGAAGCCAGGAGGGAACGGCCGGGCGGAAGUCUAUGGCUUCGCUGGAUUCAGAAGAGGAGGACCGGAACGGUGGAAUCGAGCACGGUGAUUCUCGCCUGUGCCUGACGUCCGGGAUGGCAGGUCUGAGCCCAGCCGAGAUCCGUGCCAUAAGGCACAGGCUGCGGGUGAGAUUGGGCAAGAUCUCCUCCAUGAAGCUCGUUUCAGGGAAAAAUCUGCACGAUGCCGUGUCGGGACUGGGAUUGACAAGCUACACGGUCGAGGACAUGAAUGAUUUCGUGAACCACCUGGCAACAUUUGUUGGUCUGGACUUCGAAGAUCUGCCGGAAGAGAAGGGCUGGGGUGGAGCGAUUGGCAUGGACUCGAUGUCGACCGGUAUCAGCAUGUUUGGCUUUGGUGGGGCCAGUGAGAGGCAGAAAGACUUCAGCGAGCCGAUCUGGGAGUGGCCGACUCUCAAGGACGGAACGAACGGCCACCCAAGCCAUCAAGUUUCUUCCCACAGUCUCCCACCGCUGCACCAUUCCAACACGGCGAGCUCGCACACCUCGGCCGAGAAGCACGAGAGAUGCAACUACAACUUGGUGCCCAGGCAGGUGCUCAUCGAGGUCAUGAUGGCCCAAGAAGGCGACAUCCACAAGCGGAUCUUCGGUGCGAAGUUGCUUCAGCAGUUCAAGGCUAUCAAAGAAAUUCUACUCGCUGGCGACACGAACCGCUUGGUGGCAGAACUCACCUUCGUCCGCAUCAACGACCUUGCAGCACCGCCCGACGAAGUCAGCUUGUUGACCUACCUGGAGCCUUUCGUCGGCCUCGUCAUUGUGGCGAAUGGCAUCAUGAUCGGUUUUCAAACAAGCCUUGAAUACGAGAACUGGUCUGGCUGGGUCUAUGUGGAGAUGGUUUUCGCUUGCAUCCUGCUGCUGGAGCUUCUGCUGCGCCUCCGACUGCUCAAGUGCCGCAACUUCUGGUGUGGUGCUGAGAGGCUAUGGAACUGGUUCGAUGCCUUCUUGGGCGCAAUGGCCAUCACAGAUGCUGCGCUGCAGCUGAUUUGGCAGGCAAGCACAGAGAUGGACGGUGCCAACCUGUUGCGUUUCUGCCGACUGUUGCGCUUGGCGCGGAUUGUGAAAGUCUUCCGUCUCAAGUUCAUGAGAGAUUUGCGCCUCAUGAUCAAAGGACUUGUUGCCGGAGUAUGGACACUGUCCCUGGCAUUUCUGUUGCUCGCUGCAGUUCUCUACGUCAUUGCCGGAUUCACCACGGUCGCCAUCGGGCGCCAUGCCCGGCUUCGAGAACUAGGACUCCAGGUGUAUUUCACCAACAUACCUAUGUCUAUGUUUAUAGCUUUCCGAUGCUUCACUGGCGAGUGCGUCACUGAUGAAGGUCGAUCCAUCCCAUCAAUUCUGACGGACGAGUUCGGUGUGCCCUUUGUGGCAUGCUACGUUGCGAGUUACAUGCUCGUGUCGAUGGGCAUUUUCAACGUGAUCUUGGCAGUUUAUGUGGAUAUCACGAUGAAAGCAGCAAAGGAGAACGACGCGGUCAGUGCGGAACAGUACGCUCGAGAGUCCAUCCGCAUCGCACGCGCAACCCGUGAGUUGCUGAAGAAGUUCGCUGCAGCCCAUCACAUUUUCCAUGAGACGGAGGAUCAUCAUGUCGACAUGUCUCGGCUGACGCUCACACCGUCUGCUACUUUGCUCACAGACGAUGAGAUCCACGAGAACAUCCAGAUAACGAAGGACCUUUUCCUUCUGGUGAUCCAGGAUCGAGGCGUGCAGGGUCUCAUGGACGAGUUGGAGCUACCACAAGAGCGAGCACGGCUCUUCGAGGUCAUCGAUGCCGACGGUAGCGGCACACUCCAUAUUGCCGAGCUGGUCCAUGGUUUGCUGAAGAUCCGCGGCGAGGCCAACAAGAGCGAUCUUGUAGCGCCGCUGCUGGCGACCCAGUCUGUCCAAAAUAUGGUCGCCGACCUUCGAGAUUCGACGAGCACCGCCUUGGAGGCCAUGCAGGCCGAACUUCUUCGUCAGCUACAGGAGCUUCCACAGCGGAUCUAUCUCCAGAGUGCGCCCCAUGGCACUUGCUCUUGUCCGAGGGUGCACACAGAGGCUGCAAGAUCGGCGAUCUUGAGCCAAUCACCAAGCCUGGGAGCUAAAGGGUUGGACGUGAAACCGCCACGACAGCCGCGAGUCGUUGAGAGAGAAGAGGAGCCCACUCCACACGAGCAAAGCUCCGCGGGGUAG